AAACAGCUGCGGUGGCCGCGGGAGUCUGAGAAUGCAAAGUGCCAUGUUCCUGGCUGUCCAGCACGACUGCGUACCCAUGGACAAGAGUGCAGGCAACGGCCCCAAGGUCGAGGAGAAGCGGGAGAAAAUGAAGCGGACACUCUUAAAGGAUUGGAAGACCCGUUUGAGCUACUUCUUGCAGAAUUCCUCUGCUCCUGGGAAGCCCAAAACUGGCAAGAAAAGCAAACAGCAAACUUUUAUCAAGCCUUCUCCUGAGGAAGCGCAGCUCUGGGCAGAAGCAUUUGAUGAACUGCUGGCCAGUAAAUAUGGGCUGGCUGCAUUCAGGGCGUUUUUAAAGUCCGAGUUCUGUGAAGAAAACAUUGAAUUCUGGUUGGCUUGUGAAGACUUCAAAAAAACCAAAUCACCCCAAAAACUGUCCUCAAAAGCAAGGAAAAUCUAUACCGACUUCAUAGAGAAGGAAGCUCCCAAAGAGAUAAACAUAGACUUCCAAACGAAAUCUCUGAUUGCCCAAAAUAUCCAAGAGGCUACAAGUGGCUGCUUCACCACAGCUCAGAAGAGGGUGUACAGUUUGAUGGAGAACAAUUCUUAUCCUCGGUUCUUGGAGUCCGAAUUCUACCAGGACUUAUGUAAAAAGCCACAGAUCACCACGGAGCCCCAUGCUACAUGAGACCAGGAGUCCCCCCACACACAAAGGACAUUCCAUUCUGUCUCCCAAGAGCAAAGGCUGUGACCUGCCAGAAAAAAAAAAAAAACUGACCUUGAAUUCAGCCUGAGUGUUAGGAAAACAUCGCUCAGAACUAUUGAUUCAAUGUUGGGUAGUGAAUCAGGAAGUCAGCAACCUAGGAGAGGCUCUGUGUGAGAACGGCUUCCCUCACUGUGUGAAGAACAGAGGGAGGGAACAGGCCUCUGAAUGUGUUCUUCCUCCUUGUCGGGAAAGCAGAGUUUGAGAUGAAAGAUCCGAUGCAAUGUUGUUGGAGCAUUUAAAAUCAAUAGGUCUGGGAUUAUGUGGCCUUAGCUAGUUGGCUGUACACCUUCCCUAAACUAGUCCAUGUUACCACAUAGUGGUGUUAGUUCUAGUUUUAAUAUUUUAGUACUAAGUAACAUUACAAUGUUUACUGUGUGCAAGGGUGUUGACGUUCUUAGGACUACAGAUCAUUAGUACUAGUGUGUCACGUAUCACUGAAACUGAGAAGUAUGUUUGAGUUGUUAAAUGGUGUGUGUGAUGGACCGAAUGCUGUGCCGUGCUGUAGAACCAGCGUCUGUUACGAGUGCCAAAAACUGUCUUGCGGGCAGCUAAACUUUGAAGUGGUUUUUGAAUACUUUUAAUAAAUUUAUUUUGCUAAAUAAUGUCAUUGAACAUUUGGAAGUCCCGAUGUGGUUCUGUUGUUUGAUUUCAGUAACUGGAAAUAUGUCAGCUAUCAGAGAAAAGAACUUUCUAGCAAAGAGGUAUCAGUGUGGAUCAAUUGUUGUACCUGCCCACUGAGAAAUCAACAGCUGAGAAGUGGGAAAUGCUUGCUUCGAGGAAGAUGUUCUCCUUAAACCUAUAGACAUUAUGUAGUCUUAAAAACAUCAGACCACAUUCCUAGAACCACUCAUUGUGAAAGUCAAAUGUGUUAUUUAAUAAAAGAAAAAGAAAAAAAGAGCAUUGACCUGUGUGUUAAGGACCAGCUAAAUAUUAGUAAGUAAAGUUACAGGGCCAAACAGCCUAAGAAAAGGAAAAGGUUCGUGUAAAUGUGGGCCUGCCUGGCGUAUGCUUGGUUCCAGACACCUGGCAUGGGCAAGAACCUGGUCAGUUCUUUCUUCUGUGAUGGGGCAAUACGAAAACCCCAAGUUUCCUGCACCUCCUGCCUUCAUUUGGCUAAUAAUCUGUGCUACUCUGGGUAACACUGAAGAAGAAAGCAAGUGCUUUGCUUGCACUAAAUGCAGGAAUAUGUUCUAGCUGAGAAAAGCCUUCAUUCUGGCUAAUUUGGAGGAAUUCCCUUUCUGAAGCAAAUUUUCUAUAUCUGGAAGUUUUAGUAAAUGGGAGGAGAUGGGGGGCACCCUCAGCUUGAAAUUGGAAGACCUUAACUCAAUGACAUCCCAUCGCUUUGUGUCCCUGGGCCCUCCCUGGAUACCUCUCUACCCAUCUCCCUAAUAUACACAAUAAUGGGGACUUGAGAAUUGGAACAUACUAAAUGGGUAACUUUUUAUCUAUUUGCCAAAAGAAAUAGUCUUUAUGACUACCCUAAUUCACACCUUUAACCAGAUGUCUGGAACAAGCACAAGUACAGGAGGGACAACCUGGCUCAUUUCUGUAUCACCAGAAGCCAGAAUGACAUAUAACAGGUACAGAAUAAAAUAAAUACCGUUGGCAUAAGUGAGUUCUGAAUUCAUUGAAACAGUGAUACUGUGAUGGAAAUAUGACAAAUAUGCCAGGUCUCUAUAGCGCUUAAUUCAUAAAGGCUUUGCCUAACAAAUCUCCUUUGCCAUUAAGUUCCAUUUACCUCACACUCUGUGCAGCUUUUCCUCAGUCCCCAGUCUGAUAGAAGAUGCCACCAUGCCUGCAGUUAACCCACCACUCUCUGCUACCUCCUACACCUUAUAUAGUUCCUUCUUAACGCUAGUGAUGCUUUCAACACACAAACCUGAUCUUGCCUCCUGUCACUUACCAACCGCUGACGGCUCUCCUGAACAUUAAGAUGAAAGCAGCAUUCCUAAUAUAGCAUAACCCCACAGGGCUGACUUCCUCUUACGUUCCAACCUGGUACACAAUCCCCUGCACCAGCAUUGCUGGCCGCCUUCCAUUUGCUUGAAGAUGCUAUGUCCCUCAGCCCCAGGGAAUCUUUCUGUCUAAUGGUUCCUCUCCGCAGUGUAAUUUUAGCUCUUGCUCACCACACACCUAUCAAUGCAAUUGCCACUUCCCCAGGGAAGUGGACUCUGAUCUCCUACCUAGACCACAUCUCGUUUUAGAUGUUGUCACAGCAAUGGGUUCUGUAAUUUAAUACUUAAUAAAGGUAUUUCUCAUUUUUC